CUGGCCUCGCCCAGCACUUCCGGGGGCUCGGAGCCCUUAUGUGCUCGCCGGGAGUGCACACCCACUUCCUCCUUCCUGCCUUUGCGGAAGUGACGUCGCCGGCUCUCCACUUUCUUUCCACGCGGUUGUCCGUUGCGGAUUGAGCUCGCGGCCACAGGACUAUGCCCGGUAAGCUUCUGUCAGGGACCGAAGGCGAGUCGGAGGCGACCAUGGAGGCGACGGAGCAGACGCGGAAGCACAAACACAAGAAAGAUAAAAAAGAGAAAUCAAAAAAUGAUAAACCAGAAAAGAAGGCCCAGAUGGAGACUGAGGAACUUGAUUCCCCUAAGCCCAAAAAGAUGAAAAGGGAGGAGCCUCCAGAAGAAGUCAUUUCUCCAAAGCCCAAAAAGGCCAAGAAGAAAGAACAGUCCCCAGAAGAAGAGGAAGAUUCCUCCCCAAAACUCAAAAAGGCCAAAAAGAGCAAGGAGGGGGCUGUGGAGAAAUCCAAAAAGAUGAAGGAAGAGGAGGAGGAGGAGGAGGAGGAAGAGGAGGAGGAGGAGGCCUGCCCUAAAGCCAAAAAGAGCAAAGACAAAGCGGAGCUUUCUGAAAAACCCAAAAAGGCCAAAAAGGAGAAAGAAGUGAAUGGAGACAUAGGAGACAAACAGCCAAAGCCACAGAAGGUGUCGGUGAGCAAUGGACUGCCCCCUCAGAAGUACUCGCCUGAGUCUGACUCGGAGGAGUCGUCCAGUGACAGUAACAGCGAGGCUGAGCAGGAAAAUCAUCUUCAUAAAGGAUUACAAAGCCAUACUCUUAGUUCUAAAGGAUUAAAAUCCCAGUUGCAAGCUGGACCUGCAAAACAGUUAAAAGGUGAUGAUGAGGAGGAGGAAGAGGAGGAUGAAGAUGACGAUGAGGAUGAAGAUGAUGAUGAAGAUCAAGAGUUGGAGAACCCUAAAAAAGAUGAAAAGAAGGCAAAUAAGAAAGAUUCAAAAGCUGAAGACACCGAGGAGUUAUCUGCAGAGCAGAAAGAAGGAGCAUUCUCUAAUUUCCCUAUCUCCGAAGAGACGAUUCAACUACUCAAAGCCCGCGGGGUGACCUACCUGUUUCCUAUACAAGCAAAGACAUUUCACCACGUGUCCAGUGGGAAGGACCUAAUUGCUCAAGCCCGGACAGGGACAGGGAAGACAUUCUCUUUUGCCAUUCCCUUAAUUGAAAAACUUCAGGGAGACACUCAGCCCCGAGCAAGAGGCCGUGCACCAAAGAUCCUGGUCCUGGCCCCAACCAGGGAGCUGUCAAUCCAAGUCAGCAAAGACUUCAGCGACAUCACCAGGAAGUUGACAGUGGCCUGUUUCUAUGGGGGAACGCCCUAUAAUGGCCAGAUUGAUCUCAUUCGGCGGGGCAUUGAUAUCCUGGUGGGCACUCCGGGGCGCAUCAAGGACCAUCUGCAGAAUGGCCGUCUCGACCUCACCAAGGUGCAGCAUGUUGUGCUGGACGAAGUGGACCAGAUGCUGGACAUGGGCUUUGCUGAGCAGGUGGAAGAAAUUUUAACGGUGGCGUAUAAGAAAGAUUCGGAAGACAACCCCCAGACGUUGCUCUUUUCUGCCACUUGUCCUCACUGGGUGUACGAUGUUGCUAAGAAAUACAUGAAAUCUACUUAUGAGCAAGUUGACCUCAUUGGGAAGAAGACGCAGAAGGCCGCCGUGACCGUGGAGCAUUUGGCCAUCAAUUGCCACUGGUCUCAGAGGGCAGCAGUCAUUGGCGAUGUCAUCCAGGUCUACAGUGGGAGUCACGGACGAACCAUCAUCUUCUGUGAGACUAAGAAGGAGGCUCAGGAACUCUCCCUGAAUGAGUCAAUAAAGCAGGAUGCACAGUCAUUGCAUGGAGAUAUUCCACAGAAACAAAGAGAAAUUACCCUUCAGGGUUUCCGGAAUGGCAAAUUUGGUGUCCUGGUGGCCACCAAUGUGGCUGCUCGGGGCUUGGACAUUCCCGAGGUUGACCUGGUUAUCCAGAGUUCUCCUCCCAAGGAUGUAGAGUCCUACAUUCAUCGUUCGGGGCGUACAGGUCGAGCUGGACGGACUGGGAUCUGCAUUUGCUUUUAUCAGAAGAAGGAACAGCACCAGCUGGCACAAGUGGAGCGGCAGGCGGGGAUCACUUUCAAACGGGUGGGUGUUCCCAGUGCUUCUGAAAUCAUUAAAGCAUCCAGCAAAGACGCCAUCAGGUUUUUGGAUUCGGUGCCUCCUGCGGCCAUUAACAACUUCAGACAGACUGCUCAGAAGCUGAUUGAUGAGAAGGGGGCCGUGGAAGCACUGGCUGCGGCCUUAGCCCACAUCUCAGGGGCGACCACUGUCGAACAGCGUUCCCUCAUCAACUCUGAUGUGGGCUUUGUGACAAUGGUCUUGCAGUGCUCCAUCGAGAUGCAUAACAUUGGCUAUGCCUGGAGAGGAUUGAAAGAGCAGCUUGGGGAAGAGAUCGAUGACAAAGUGACCCGGAUGACCUUCCUCAAGGGGAAAAUGGGCGUUUGUUUUGAUGUCCCUGCUGCAGAAGUAAAGACAUUCCAGGACCAAUGGCAGGACUCGAGGCGCUGGCAGCUUUCUGUGGCCACCGAGAGACCUGAGCUGGAGCAACAGCCUGAUGAAGGCAGAGGCUUCUCUAACUUCCGGAACCAGAGGCACGGCGGCGGCCGGGGUGGAGGUGGCCGCGGCGGCUGGGGCGGAGGUGGCGGCCGUGGUGGCCGUGGUGGUGGGGGCUUCAAUAGGAAUGACAAGUUUCAAAACAGAGGCCAGAAACGAAGUUUUCAGAGAGCGUUUUCUCAUCGGUAAGACCUGCUAGACAACAGGAUUAAGUUUGGAGAGACACUCUGCCCUCACCAGUGACUUUUAUAAACUGCUUCCUGCUUUCUUUCUACUGCUCACCAAGCCAGCCGCUGCCAUUUGGGGCCUAUCUCUGCAAGAGAUGGAGGCUCACUGCACCAAGGCUCCUCCCCUUCAAAGGGAUCUUCGCCAUUCUGUAAUUUGUCCACUAUGUCUUCAAAAACUUGUUUCUGGGAGACCAUAAACAUGGAUGUUCUAAAACUCAUGGCAGUGGAUUACCUUAAAUUAAGUCUGUUUUCUGCCCAGACUGUUCUCCUUUGAAGAUGGUUGGUAGUUAUUGUAUCUCUGGGUAAUGUGUUACCCUAAGGACAAGCUCCCAGGGCACUUAAGCUCGGAGGACCUUUCCUGCGUAGCCAAAGAUUUGUUUUUGCAACAGAUUUUCCCAAUCCACCCACUGAAUGGAUUGUCCAGAGGAGCCAUCAGUUAAGGGUUAAUACAGGUGAACCUUGAGCACCAGCUUCUUCUAGAGCUUGGAUCCUGCUGACAAUACCGUGCAUUCACUGUCUGAGACAGUGAUUUUUGUGCAUCGAAAGCUGUUUUGGUGAACAAGAAAUAAACACAGGCAUUCUCAGUAAUGGGGGCCCCAGGUGGCUUUACCUUCCCUUGUGGCAGAAGAAAAAUGGGCAAAUUUGACAGAGAGCAUGUGACAGUCUCAGACAUGAAAAGAUAAUUCGUGCCCAUUCCCACGUGGAAAGACAGGAAGGAAGGCAGAUAGUGUCUGUCUUUUUGUUUCAAACUCUUCUCCCUUUGAGAAACAUUCUUAUUUAUUUUGGAGAAAUUUAAGAAAAGUCUGGAUUUGCUAAGCAGAUAAAAUAAACUAUUAGGUAACAUUUUUAAUUACGAGAAAAAAUUCAAGGCAACCCACCCUAGAGAGAUGUAAAAAACUGGUGAAGUACUUGGCAAGCAGAAUGUCUGUUAGUAAUAGGAAAAAUAUUAGGUUGAUUCUCAUUGUGUAUAUUUCUAUAACUCUAUAACGUUAGAGAAUGUUGUCCAUUUGCUUUUUGACUCAUAAGUACUUAUUGUGUGCUAAAGGUUGUUCAGUAUGAAAGUGAGAACUUUGAUGAUUGAUUCAGUCAGUGUACACGUUCUGCUCUGUAAAAUAUCUUUGUAGGCACCAUUGCUGAUCCGAAUAAUAUCCAUUCUUUGCCCGUAAAGGUCUUAGCUCCUCUGGGGACCUCUGCCCUAGGGAUAUGGACCCAUAUACUUAAUAGACCUUUACUCCCUCAGUGUGAAGGGCAGACCAACCCAUUCUUAAGUGGCCCUUCUCUCCCUGCCCUCAUUUUGCUGGCAGCUCCUUUGCUGCCAAAUCUGCAGGCACCCCAGCCAGCUUUAAUGGAAGACUGGCAUUUUAGCCCUGCUGCUUAAUUGACUUGGUCAAGAACCUCAAAUAAACUCCUCGGAUCUGGUUUCCCCCAAAGAAGAAUGAGUGAUGGGGCAAAUGUUCCCCAGGCUUUUUAGAUUCUUGGUGACCUGUUUUGGCUCAUUUGGCUCAAGUUCUAGCUCAUGGGAUCCACUCUCUACCCUCCCCCAGCCUCAGCAGCCCCUUUGAUUUAGAAAGAGCUGUGUGACCAAUGGCAUCCCAUUUAGUGAGGCUCUUGGAAAAAGCCCUUGAACUCAUUCCAUUCUGGUUUUCACACUUGGCUUAGGAAUGUAGAUGCUUGACAAUUUGGGUGCCAUCCUCUUGUCGAGACCAGAUGCUCCUCCUGGAGGAAGUCCAGCUUUUUUUGGAUUGGUCUUUUUUUCAGAUAGUAGCAACUCCCCAGAGGAUAAAAUAGCUGAUAUGGGGUGUGGGGUCUCCCCCUUUGAAUAUGUAGAAGAGCUUUCAACUUGAAUCAAGGGCUUCUGGCCCCGAAUAGGGCCCUUUUUCAUGCAAGAUUUUCAACAUGUUAUCUUGCCUUUUAACUGGCUUCACUUUGAUGGGAGAGGUUUUUAACUGUUAUUCAAGAAAUGCACCCAUUACUAUAAGUUAGCAAUUAACAUUGGGCAAAUCUUUUGGCAGCCUACAGUAUUGUUUUGGAACUGGUGGCACCUAGCAUUUAGCACAGCAUCUUAAAAGAUUGUGCUGUGGAAUCAAUGCUUCUGUAAAUGAACAAAGGAAAAAAUUAGUUUUGAAUAUAAAAGCUAAUGUGAAAUGCAUUUCAACUUUGCAGAAUUAGACUUUCAAGGGAAUAUGUGCUUUCCCUGGAAAAAGACUUAGGUUAAUACUGUUCAUUAAUAACUAAAAUAUGAGUUAUAAAGAGGUUUUGUUGGGCUGGCCUGGGAACCUCACCAUGUAUAAUUUAGUUCCCAUGAGAACUGAGUUCCAAAAGGUUUUUUACAAAUGAAUUUUUAGAUUAUAAUCUUAUGAAUUGGGAUCUGCCAACAGAUUCUUAAACGAUAUUUUUAAAGAUACUGUCUUAUGCCUUAAUAAAAACUUAGUUUCCUUA